UAACCUGGCACCAGAACUCCUUCCUCCUGGCCCAUGGCAGCUGCUCUGGCCGCCCUCGGGGACUGUAAAGUCAGAUGGGACAGGACCUCGCCGAUCAGGCACCCCUGAGCUUCUCCGUGCAUCCUCUCUUCCCCCUCGCACUCCCCCGUCCCGCGUCUCCGGUCAUCACAGCCUUCCUUUCCCAGCGUCGGUGUCCGGUUACAGCGGUUCGGCGGUGUUCUCAUUGUGACUUUGGGCCAGGCUAGAAGUAAAAGGCUCGGGAGGGUCCUCGAGCGGCUGUAUACAAUUAGCGGCCUCAGAACCUGGGAGGAAGGCGGGUGCGCAACGCCGAGGGGCGGAGAGAGGGGGCGGAGGAGCUGCUCUCGGAAUCCUGGUUUUGUGGACUCUGAGAUCGCCUGCAGAAGCAGGGGUGGCCGGCGGGUCCUGCAGACCGUGUGUGGGCCUCUUGCUUUCGUUCCACUGUCCAUUCUUUGGGAUUUGGAAACCACCGCUGCUCUGAAGGGCCUAGUCCAAGGCGCUAGGGUGCCAUCUAAGUGCUGAUGCCCCGAGAGCUCAGAAGACUUCCAGCCAACCAUGCCGCAGCUGCCCUGGCGCUGCCCCUGCUACUGCUGGCGGUGCGCGCGCCACUGCGGACUAGCGCGAGGCCAGCCCCGGGCCCAGAUUACCUGCGGCGAGGUUGGUUGCGGCUACUGGCUGAGGGCGAGGGCUGCGCUCCCUGCAGGCCAGAAGAGUGUGCCGCGCCCCGGGGCUGCCUGGCAGGCCGGGUGCUCGAUGCGUGUGGCUGCUGCUGGGAAUGCGCCAAUCUGGAGGGCCAGCUCUGCGACCUGGACCCCAGCGCUCACUUUUACGGGCACUGUGGCGAGCAGCUGGAGUGCCAGCUGGACUCAGGCAGCGACCUGAGUCCAGGAGAGGUGCCGGAGCCCUUGUGUGUCUGCAGCUCACAGCGCCCACUGUGUGGUUCCGACGGUCGUACCUAUGCCCAGAUUUGCCGCCUGCAGGAGGUGGCCCGCGCUCGCCCAGACGCCAACCUCACGGUGGUGCAUCCAGGGCCCUGCGAAUCGGAGCCCCAGAUCGUGUCACAGCCUCACGACGUUUGGAAUGUGACUGGGCAGGACGUGAUCUUUGGUUGUGAGGUGUUUGCUUAUCCCAUGGCCUCUAUCGAAUGGAGGAAGGAUGGCUUGGACAUUCAGCUGCCAGGGGAUGAUCCCCACAUCUCUGUGCAGUUUAGGGGUGGCCCUCAGAGGUUUGAGGUGACAGGCUGGUUGCAGAUCCAAGCUGUGCGUCCCAGUGAUGAAGGUACCUACCGCUGCCUAGCCAGGAAUGCUCUGGGUCAGGCUGAGGCCUCUGCUACAUUGACAGUACUCACACCAGACCAGCUGAACUCCACAGGCAUUCCACAGCUUCGAUCGUGGAACAUGAUUCCUGAGGAAGAGGUGGACAGUGAGGAGAACGAGGAUUACUAUUAGAUCCAGGGUUCUGGCCCUUGAGGGUGGGUGAGUGGGUGUAGUAUCCAUCCCUGCUCUUGAGAAAUCCCAGAAAAGACUUGGAAAGGGCAAGUGGGGUCCUAUCAUGGAUCGCUUCUUGUAGAUGAUUGUGGUUGCAGUGGUGGGAGAGAAGCGGUUAGAGGAGGCUGGGUAAGGAGAGACAGACAGGAGAGGUGUUAAGGAAGCAAAGGGGCCCCCACAGGAGAUGCACCAACCUGGAGGAUCCCUAACGGGACAGGCUCCCACUCCUGGUCCCCAGGUUGGGGUGGGAUUGAAGUGUACAGAGGCACUGCCUACAUCCCGGUUUCACCAGGAGAGCCUGGCUGCCCUUCCACACAAACAAUGUUCCUGCUGUUGUUUUCCUGGUCCCCAGCCUUUGUCUAGCCUCACUUUAGUCUUCCUCAAAACUGAUUUUCCAGGUUUCCAUCUCAGGCAAGUCCGAGAGACGCUUACUAAACCACAGUCCUUACUGUUGUUUGCCUGCCAUCUGUUGAAUAAAUGAGCAAAGUGGAGCUGCUUUAAUUCAGGGCAGGAAGAGGGACCAGGUCACUCCAUGUUUUAUACCACUAGUAGACAAAGCCUACCUUGGAAAAGACGCAGUAGGCACCAAUAAAGAUUUAUAAACAGA